AUGGAGGGUCAAGGGCAGCCGACGCUGCCAGUGAAGCAGGAGACGGAGGAGGAAGAUUUCUCCCCAAGAACUUUGGCGAUGAUAGCUUCGCUGGACGAUUCCGUGGAAUCGCAGGCCCUCGUGGCCCAGCUCAAGGAGGCGGCCCCGACAAGCGAGCAUGUGAAAAAGGAGGCGACCACACCCGAGGAACGGGCCCCUUUCCCCCCGGAGCCGCCGAUGCCACCAAUGCCAAAGGAACCGGCGCUUGUACCAAAGGAGCCGAGCUACCCGCCGCCGGGAUGGGGGCCCAAGGAGCCGGCUUGCCCGCCGCCGGGAUGGGUGCCCCAGGAGCCCAAAAUGUCUGGGCCUCCUGCUGAGGAUCUGUUGCGGCAGCAAAAGUUGCUUGCAGAGCAGAUGUACGAGGCUGCAAGGCAAGAGGCACCGGUGCCAGGUGGGCCCUCGUCAACAGAAAUGCAGCAAGCUUGGUUGCAGCAGCAACAUGAUGUCAUGAAGCAACAGCAGACACAGUUCCUGAUCAAGCAAGAGCAAGCACGCAUGGACUUCUUGAACGAGCAGCAGAAGCAGUUUGAGAUGCAGCACCAGGCUGUGCUUGUGCAGAUGCAACAGCAGGGGUGCACGGGGCAAGCAGCUGUGCCUUCCUUUGGAUCUGUCGGUGGACCCAUGCUGGAGGCCAUGAGCAUUCAGGAGGACAGGCGCCGACAGUUCAUGGUGGAGCAGGAGCGGCUGCUUCAGCAGCAGCAGAGGGAGGAAAUGAUGGAGAAGCAAAGGAUGGAGCAACAGCUGCAGCAGCAGAGGCAGAUGGAGGAGCAAAGGAUGGAGCAAGAGCGACUGCAGCGAGAGCAGGAUGAAGCUGCCCGAGCCGCAGAAGAGGAGCGGCUGUUGCUGGAGGAGGAAGAGGUGAGACGAGCUGCUCAGGAGAGCCAGAGAAUGGCAAAGGAGCUUUACGAGUUGGAGGCAAGGGCAGAGCGUCUUCGCAAUCACAUGAUUGCUCAGAGUAGCCAGUCCAAGGCACCCGGGGUUCCGCGCUACUCCGCCCCGGACUCCCGUCGCUCAGCCCAGAACUCCCCCGGCUCCAGAGCCACCGACUCGGUUUACAGCCCUGCAGACGACCGCAGCAUCAACAAGGGUCGUUUGGAGGCGCUGAUACGCUUGCGGCAGUCUACCAAAGAGUGGAAGAAGAACACUCAAGGGUUUGAAUGGUGUACGAUCGCCGAUAUGGAGGCCAAAGGAGCCAAGAAGUACUGCAGUGCGAAGCGGCUAUUCAAGACUUGCCCGUAUACGGGUGAAUACAAGUUUCUUGUGCUUGUCUCGGAUACGGUGCAGCAAGGGCAGGAGAAGCUCAGGGAGCUGGAGGAGCUCAUGGAAGAGGCAGGAUUCUUCAACGACCAGUUCCAGCUCGGGUGCGGCGAUUCCUUCGAGAUCAGCGACGACGAGUCGGUGCCGGAUUCGAAAGCUGCUGAGGGGAAAAACGGGAGGAAGGGGGGUGGCAGGGGAGGGGUGAAGACAGGUCUGCCAUUGAUCGUGGAAGGGGAUAAGGACCUGACGGCCAACCUGGGAAAGUACAAAAAAGCACUGCUAAACAAGCGAACCGUGCUCAAGGAGGUCAAAGACAGAUUGGUCGACGAAAAAUGCAGUACACACCAGUCUCUUGUCACACAGCACAUGAACAUUGUCUUGUUGAUGGUUAUGAAUCUGCUGAUUGGUGAGCUCAAUGUCUUCUACAAAGCGAUCUGUGACAUGGAGCUUGUGGAAAAGUGA